UUCUCCACUUGAAAAUUCCGCACGGGAAAAAUUGAAAGAAUUAAACGUUUCUUCGGUCACAUCUUGCGGCAUUUUGCAGAUACUUAUCUGUCCGUAGCGGUAAUUUCGGUUUCAAGUAGAUUCAGUGGCUUCGAUUCGGUCAGACGGUCUCGGCGUUUGACUUGAAAUUGAAGGAGGGAGCUUGCGGUCUUUGUUCAUUCAUUUCAUCGGUUGGGUUCCUUUGUUGAACCAAAAGCAUGGGAGCACAAAUCUCCAAAACCGCUGGGAAGGAAGAAGUCGGUGCAGAAAAGCCAGCUGAAGGCGCAGCUGUUGCGGCUAAGUCCAAUGGACAGGAGAAUGGUCAUGCCAAGACCAAUGGAGAUGCCUCUCCGGCUGCAGAGGAGGCCAACAAAGCUGAUGUCCAGGCCAAUGGCAGUACCCCUGCUGAGGAGGCUCCUAAAGAGGCAGGCGAGAAGGUAGAUGCUCCUGAGGCAAAUGGUGAGGAGGCGGCAGCUGCUACAAAUGGAGAGGCCCCUGCCAAGCCGGAGGAGGAAGGCACCCCUUCUACCAGUGAUGAUGGCAAACAGAAGAAAAAGCGCUUUUCCUUCAAGAAACCCUCCUUCAAACUCGGUGGCUUCUCUUUCAAGAAGACCAAGAAGGAAUCCGAAGAAGCGGCAGAAGGAGAACAAGCUGAAGCCCCUGCUGAAGAAGAGAAAGCGACAUCUGAGGAAGCUGCUGCCGAAGAGGCCAAGCCAGCCGAAGCUGGUGAAGGUGCGGUCGAGGAGGCCACAGCUGAAGAGCCAAAGGUGGAGGAGGUAAAGGCAGAAGGAGAGGCAGCCGAGGAGAAACCAGCUGAGGCUUCACCCGCGGAGCCAGAGGCGGCAGCCAGUCCAGAGGCCCCGGCUGCUGCUGAGUAAAUUGCACACGGAACAACAAGACACCGGAACAGAGGAGGGGUGAAAGAACCUGUCUGAAGGAAUUCAAGGACUUGUCUAAAACCAGGGAUUUUUGUUAAUUUUUUUUUGAUUGUUUGUUUGCUUUUUUUCCUCUCUCCAACCAUUUCAUCCAUAAUGACUGCAAGGUCCCUUGCAGUGAUGGACAGGAGAUGUAUAGGGGGCGGGAUUCCUUCCUCACUGCUUGUUGGUGUUUGCAUUUUGCUGCGUGUGUGAGGGUGCAUGUGGGUGUGAAUGUUUUCUAUGUGAAACCAUGACUAAUUGUGUUGACAGGCUGGUGAAUUUGACAUAUUUAAAUGAAGUAUUUGGUGCUGGGCAAUUGGAUGUAGCAGCUAAAGCUGUGUCUGCAAGAUUGACACAUUGUGAUAUUUAAAGGGAAGUUACAAACCAAGUCUUAGAUGUUGUCUUUGCAGUGCACAGUUGUUUACAACUCAAGCUCAAUGCUCCUGUGGACACAUUACCAUUCCUAAAAUUAACUAGUUUAGUUGUCAAAAUGAUAGGUGCUCAUCACUUUCCAUUAGUUUCCACCAUUUCAAGAUUCUGUAGUAAUGCAUGUUGUAUAGACUUUGAUAUUACUGGUUUUAUGACUGAGAUGUACCUAAAUGACUGAAGUUUUUAACAGAUUACCCAUUGUAAAUGAAGUUUUCCUGUUUUUUCACCAUUUGUAAGAUUGAAUAAAAUUGGAAGAUGUUUUAAGCAAAUUUUGCUUCAAGCUGUGCUGACUACAGUAUUGAUUUGUAUGUUUAGAUGAUAGUACUGGUUAACGAUUUAAGGGUGCUUUCUUUUGUAUAUAGUGAAGCUUCGCCCUGUUUGAGAUGGAAUGUAACUUUGCCUAUAAAUGGUAUUACGACUUUUCUCUGAAGGUGGUCGGUUUAUUUUCCAUGAGCACUGUGAAAGAAUAAAGAAAUAAACGUGUUA